AUGGAAGACGGCAAAGCUUCAUUUUUAAGAGGCUUGGAAAUGAUUUUAUUAUUACUCAGCUUUUCUCUCGUUAAAAGUCAUACAGAGUGUGACAGAGCGCUUUGUGCUUCCUGCACAAACGCUACUCCUUUUAUUUGCGAUACAUGUAGCAGUUCUUCAAGAUCAAUUGUUAUGAUAAAUAGUGUUUGCUUGCCUAAAUGUCCUUAUGGGUUUGAUACAAACCCUUGCACUCUGAAUUCAAAUGCAGUUAUCGAUGUCACUUUUGACCAAAGCACAUUUAAAGGGAUAUGGUCCUCUAGUGACGGGGACAAGCCCUUUAACUUAUAA